AUGUGGCGGCAGUCAACGAUACUGGCCGCGUUACUAGUGGCUCUUUUGUGUGCGGGCAGAGCAGAAAGCAAAGGCAAUCGCCCGCCAAGAAUCACCAAGCAACCGGCACCCGGAGAACUGCUCUUCAAAGUAGCGCAACAGAACAAGGAAAGUGACAAUCCAUUCAUAAUCGAGUGCGAAGCCGAUGGACAACCCGAGCCAGAAUAUAGUUGGAUCAAGAACGGCAAGAAGUUCGACUGGCAGGCGUACGAUAACCGCAUGCUGCGGCAGCCAGGACGCGGCACCCUGGUGAUCACCAUACCCAAGGACGAGGAUCGCGGCCACUACCAGUGCUUCGCGUCCAACGAAUUUGGAACGGCCACCUCGAACUCGGUGUAUGUGCGUAAGGCCGAGCUGAAUGCCUUCAAGGAUGAGGCGGCCAAGACUCUUGAGGCCGUGGAGGGUGAGCCCUUCAUGCUGAAAUGUGCCGCACCCGACGGCUUUCCCAGUCCGACGGUCAACUGGAUGAUCCAGGAGUCCAUCGAUGGCAGCAUCAAGUCGAUCAACAACUCUCGCAUGACCCUCGAUCCCGAGGGUAAUCUCUGGUUCUCGAAUGUUACCCGCGAGGAUGCCAGCUCCGAUUUCUACUACGCCUGCUCGGCCACCUCGGUGUUCCGCAGUGAAUACAAGAUCGGCAACAAGGUGCUCCUGGAUGUCAAGCAGAUGGGCGUUAGUGCCUCGCAGAACAAGCAUCCGCCCGUGCGUCAGUAUGUGUCCCGUCGCCAGUCCUUGGCGCUGCGCGGCAAGCGAAUGGAACUGUUUUGCAUCUACGGUGGAACUCCGCUGCCGCAGACCGUGUGGAGCAAGGAUGGCCAGCGGAUACAGUGGAGCGAUCGAAUAACGCAAGGACACUAUGGCAAAUCACUGGUCAUUCGGCAGACAAACUUCGAUGAUGCCGGCACAUACACCUGCGAUGUGUCCAACGGUGUGGGCAAUGCCCAAUCCUUCUCCAUCAUCCUGAAUGUUAACUCCGUGCCGUACUUUACCAAAGAACCUGAAAUCGCCACCGCCGCCGAGGACGAAGAGGUGGUCUUCGAGUGUCGCGCUGCGGGUGUACCAGAGCCCAAGAUCAGUUGGAUUCACAAUGGUAAGCCCAUCGAGCAGAGCACCCCGAAUCCCCGACGAACGGUUACGGACAACACAAUCCGCAUUAUCAAUCUGGUUAAGGGCGAUACUGGCAACUAUGGUUGCAACGCCACCAAUUCGCUGGGAUAUGUGUACAAGGAUGUCUACCUAAAUGUCCAGGCUGAGCCGCCAACGAUCUCCGAAGCUCCAGCAGCUGUGUCCACUGUGGAUGGAAGGAAUGUGACCAUUAAGUGCAGGGUUAACGGAUCCCCCAAGCCUCUGGUUAAAUGGCUGAGGGCCAGCAACUGGCUGACCGGAGGUCGUUACAAUGUCCAAGCUAACGGCGAUCUGGAGAUCCAAGACGUUACAUUCUCGGAUGCCGGCAAAUACACAUGCUAUGCGCAGAACAAGUUUGGUGAAAUUCAAGCCGAUGGUUCGCUGGUGGUCAAGGAGCACACGAGAAUUACCCAAGAGCCGCAGAACUACGAGGUGGCCGCCGGACAAUCGGCCACGUUCCGCUGUAACGAAGCCCACGACGAUACUCUGGAGAUUGAGAUCGAUUGGUGGAAGGAUGGCCAGUCCAUUGACUUUGAGGCCCAGCCGCGAUUCGUGAAGACCAAUGAUAAUUCCCUGACGAUUGCCAAGACCAUGGAGCUGGAUUCCGGCGAGUAUACGUGCGUGGCCAGGACGCGUUUGGAUGAGGCCACGGCCAGGGCGAAUUUGAUUGUCCAGGAUGUGCCGAAUGCGCCAAAACUCACCGGCAUCACCUGCCAGGCCGACAAGGCCGAGAUCCACUGGGAACAACAGGGAGACAAUCGUUCGCCCAUUCUGCACUACACCAUCCAGUUCAAUACAUCGUUCACGCCCGCCUCCUGGGAUGCCGCCUACGAGAAGGUGCCCAACACGGACUCCUCGUUCGUCGUCCAGAUGUCACCGUGGGCCAACUACACGUUCCGUGUGAUUGCCUUCAACAAGAUCGGAGCCUCGCCGCCGUCGGCGCACAGCGAUAGUUGCACCACGCAGCCGGAUGUGCCCUUCAAGAAUCCCGAUAAUGUCGUUGGCCAGGGCACCGAGCCGAACAAUCUGGUCAUCUCCUGGACUCCCAUGCCCGAAAUCGAGCACAAUGCCCCCAAUUUCCACUAUUAUGUGAGCUGGAAACGCGAUAUCCCUGCUGCUGCUUGGGAAAAUAAUAACAUAUUCGACUGGCGACAGAACAACAUUGUGAUUGCCGAUCAACCGACGUUCGUGAAGUAUCUGAUCAAGGUGGUGGCCAUCAACGAUAGGGGUGAGUCCAAUGUGGCCGCCGAGGAGGUGGUUGGCUACUCUGGCGAAGAUCGUCCCCUGGAUGCGCCCACCAACUUCACGAUGAGGCAGAUCACAUCCUCGACCAGUGGCUACAUGGCCUGGACGCCGGUAAGUGAGGAAUCGGUGCGCGGACACUUCAAGGGCUACAAAAUCCAAACGUGGACGGAGAACGAGGGCGAGGAGGGUCUGCGGGAGAUCCAUGUGAAGGGUGAUACCCACAACGCUCUGGUCACACAAUUCAAGCCCGAUUCAAAGAACUAUGCCCGCAUUUUGGCUUACAAUGGACGCUUCAAUGGCCCACCCAGUGCCGUCAUCGACUUCGAUACUCCGGAGGGUGUACCAUCGCCGGUUCAGGGACUGGAUGCCUAUCCCCUGGGCUCCUCUGCCUUCAUGCUCCACUGGAAGAAGCCGCUGUAUCCCAAUGGCAAGCUCACUGGCUACAAGAUCUACUACGAGGAGGUUAAGGAGAGCUAUGUGGGCGAGCGACGCGAAUACGAUCCCCACAUCACCGAUCCCAGGGUCACACGCAUGAAGAUGGCCGGCCUGAAGCCCAACUCCAAGUACCGCAUCUCCAUCACUGCCACCACGAAAAUGGGCGAGGGAUCUGAACACUAUAUCGAGAAGACCACGCUCAAGGAUGCCGUCAAUGUGGCCCCUGCCACGCCCUCCUUCUCCUGGGAGCAACUGCCAUCCGACAAUGGACUAGCCAAGUUCCGCAUCAACUGGCUGCCAAGUACCGAGGAUCAUCCGGGCACUCACUUCUUUACGAUGCACAGGAUCAAGGGCGAAACCCAAUGGAUACGCGAGAAUGAGGAAAAGAACUCCGAUUACCAGGAGGUCGGCGGCUUAGAUCCGGAGACCGCCUAUGAGUUCCGCGUGGUCUCCGUGGAUGGCCACUUCAACACGGAGAGUGCCACGCAGGAGAUCGACACGAACACCGUUGAGGGACCAAUAAUGGUGGCCAACGAGACAGUGGCCAAUGCCGGAUGGUUCAUUGGCAUGAUGCUGGCCCUGGCCUUCAUCAUCAUCCUCUUCAUCAUCAUCUGCAUUAUCCGACGCAAUCGAGGCGGAAAGUACGAUGUCCACGAUCGGGAGCUGGCCAACGGCCGGCGGGAUUAUCCCGAAGAGGGCGGCUUCCACGAGUACUCGCAACCGUUGGAUAACAAGAGCGCUGGUCGCCAAUCCGUGAGUUCAGCGAACAAACCGGGCGUGGAAAGCGAUACCGAUUCGAUGGCCGAAUACGGUGAUGGCGACACAGGACAAUUUACCGAGGAUGGCUCCUUCAUUGGCCAAUAUGUUCCUGGAAAGCUCCAACCGCCGGUUAGCCCACAGCCACUGAACAAUUCCGCUGCGGCGCAUCAGGCGGCGCCAACUGCCGGAGGAUCGGGAGCAGCCGGAUCGGCAGCAGCUGCCGGAGCUUCGGGCGGAGCAUCAUCCGCCGGUGGAGCAGCUGCCGGAGGAGCAUCUGCCAGCAAUGGAGGAGCUGCAGCCGGAGCCGUGGCCACCUACGUCUAAGAGGCGUGGCUGGGAUUCACAUGCCCCAUUGUUCUCCUGAUUUUCUACCAAACGAUUCAAACGCCUCUUAAACAAAAAGAAACUGUGUAAUUCUAUGUGUAAAACGAAAACUGCUUUAAGUGUCUGCAAAAAAAAAGAAAGAAGAAAACAUUAUAAUUAACUCAAAUCGAGAAACAAUUGUAAAGUGAAGGAAAACUCGCAUGAAUUUAAAGCAUAUAAUUUUGCUUCUUUUGGCUUAUGAAAUUAUUAUAGCAAACAGUUAAACGCCUUUUCAAAAACAAAAAACAAAAACAAAGAAACUUUUGUAUAAGCUUAAAAAAAAAAAAACAAAACACAAAAAAUGAAUGUAAACGUUGACAAAUGUAUGGAGAAGUAGAAGGACGAUUAAUGAUAAUGCCUGUUUUGUGUAAUAAUUUUUUUUUUUACAAAAAUACCUUUAAGUUAUGAGUGGCACAAGGAUCAUUGUCUACAUGGAAACCGCGUCGAGUUUGUAAGCCAAAGAGCCGGCGAACCAAGGAGUCGAGUGAGGGAACGGAGGCAAUAGCGACAGAUAUAUGCGUUUAUAUCGAUUCCGGUCUCAGCUAAACUAGGAACUGUUCAAAAUGUACAAAAACCAAGGCUUAAAUGAGAACCAUCGGGCAGCUUCGACCAAUGAUCAAUGACUGAAUUGCGAAGGAAAUGCCCGGACUAUUUUGCAAUCAACUACACAGCACAGCGCGUGUCUGCUCCUCAAUGUCCAAUGACUAACCAAAAUAUCGAUGUGUUCAACUAGCAGCAAGUCAAAUACUCAACUUGACCUCGAUCACUGUUCGCCACAAUCAAAGACUUAAGGGCAGAGCAGAUUUUCCAGCGCCAGUUCAAGAUAUCCAGGAGAAGCUGAGGCAGCAGCUUUCCUUCGUCGGCAAUUCGCAUAUAUUUGUGAAUAUGUGUAUCGUAUAAGUUCCGAUUUUCGUCCAUAGUCUAAUGCAAUUUUUCGCGUCUAGUAUUUAAACAGAAUCCCUUCAGUUUGUCCAUUAAUGAUUUAAGUAAAGCAAAUUAGUUAAUUAACAAAUUAGUUGGCCCACUCGCACGAGUUCGUCAUUGUAACCUAUAUUAUUAUACGAUUAAUACGCAGCUGACAAACCUAUAAUGGUUCCACAUAGUACUCCCUCUUAUUUGAAUAAAAAAUGUUAAAAAGCCUCGAGAUGCCAGUUGCGUCUCUGGUUUCCACUUAAUCCAAAUAUCUGUAAUAAUAACAAUGUAUUCAUAAUUUUUUUUAAACUAAAAAACACACACAAAGUGGCACUAGAGUCUAAUGAAAUAAAAACACAAUAAAACAAAUGAAGUAAAAAAUACAAUUUUAGUUUUUGAAAAUCUUCUCUGCCGCUUUGAGAGAAGAAACGCUUUGAACUUGAACUAAGAAACUCGAUCAAAAUAUAUAUAUAGUAAUAUAUAUUUUUUAGUGUACACACUGCGCUUUAAUCGACACCCGAAGAACAUAAAAAACAAAAGACGCAAUCCCAUAACUGACUAGAUUUUUGAGACGUUAAUUCGAAUUGGUUCGGCUUUAUUUGCGAAUUAGGCAGUAUAUUAAGUAUAUACCUUAGGUGGAUAAAUAAGCUUAUGAUAAUUUGAUCUUUAACGAACAUACAGGGUUGCUUAGUCAAAUUUUUGCAUAGAUUUACGGAUUACGAAAAACAUAAUGGCGGAGUAGGCGUGUAAUUUGAUGACUCAUAUUUUGUGCACUGCGUUCUGUUUGUUGUUAUUUCAAUUAGCUACCUAUGUAUGUAUAAUGAACUAUAAUCCCCGGCUUCAGCAUAGUUUUCAAUCGAAUACCCAAUACCCAGCCUCCCCAAAAACCGAGCCCACACUAAAAACUGGGAGACAACCGAACGAUCCACAAACAUAAUUCACCUGCACCACGCAUAUCCCAACGAUUGAUAUAGCAGAUAUACGAGGAGGAAGUAGAGCGGAGGGAAAACUAGGAAACUAGAUCGGAAAAAGGACAUGCAAGGACAACAAGACAAAAGAACUACAUAAAACAAUACAAACAAAACUUGCUAUACAAACGUAUAUAUGGAUAUAUGAUAUAUAUUUACAGUAUAGAGGACAACGAUCUAAAUCUAAUGUUCAUGACAAAGCGAUAUAUAUAUAUAUAUAUAUACAUACAAAACAUAUAGAGAGAUGUAUAAGAUUUUGCAUAGAUAUUGUGAUUUCCCAAAAUAAAAACUCAAAAUAGUCAAUAACAAUGUGGAAACUGAAAAACCAAACGUAAACCAAUUAACUAAACUAAUAUUUCCUCUUUUGUCGUAUGAAAUUAAAAACUAACUAAAGUGUUCAUCAGUGGAAUUUUCGAAAUAAUCGCUCGUCUUCGAUGACGGAGCUUAAGAUUUCGAUAGCGAUAGAACCACAACAACAACAACAACAACUGCACUGCCUGUGUCGGGUUCUAUUUUACAUUUACAUCUACAUUUACAGAAUCAUAAGAAUUUACACACUCUAAUAAGCGCCGGUCGAGAAAUUCAGAAUUGAAAACUCAGAAUGCCGAAAGCUAAACAACAUCCCAAGCAAACAUUUUGGAAACUAAUAAUGGUUAUUUGCACAAUACUGUGAUUCCUAGCAAGAAACAAGAAGACACGAUGAACAAUGAACGAUAAACGCUAUUAAUUAUCGACUUUUGUGUGUUUGUGUGGUUUGGAAAUCGAUGUGUUUGUAUUGUACGUAUAUUUUUCACAGCAUGCUGAAAAUGUUUGCAACAAGAACUACUUAUCUAACCACUCAGUAAUAUCCAACUUGAUCAAUUUACUUGCAUAUGAUUAUUACGAUUAUUAUUGCUAACCAAAGGCCUAACAACAACUUAAAUAUUACGCCGAACGAAAUCGAAAACAAAUGAUAAAACACAAGAAUACAAAGUACUUUUUUAAAAUGAGUUUUUAGCGAAUCAAAUAUAAACUUAAGAUUAACAAAUUCGUAUACAACAAACAAGCAUAAAUGAAAGCAGCGUCUACAAAAUCCACAACCAGAUCAGAAAAAGCAGGAGAAUAAUCAAAACGAGAAAAUGAAGAAAAGGCUAUCCAGAAAAAUGAUCAGAAAACGUGUAAGCUGUAAAACCUAUAAUGAGAAAUAAACUAUAGAAACUAUAUAAAAUGAUCAA